CGUGCUGCAGUGACGCCAGCCCGGGCCCCGGCUCGUGGUGAGUGGGCGUGACUCGCCACGUUAGCCCCCCCCCCCCCCUCCUCCUCCUCCUUCUCCCGUCAGUGUGGGCGGGCCCCGCUCCAGAAGAGAGCGAGCGAAACACGACACCCCGAGGACGGAGAGAGGCACGGGGGGGAGGAGAGACUAGUGCUGAAUGGUGUGAGAGAGAGAGUGAGUGGAGGACUUAAAAAAAAAAAAAAAAGUCUGUUAAAGAAAGAGAGGUUCCUCUCUAACGUUAAUAUCUGUCAAAAGAAGUGAGAAAGAUUCGCGGAGGAGAGAUGUCAAACAGCGACGAAGAUGCGGUUGAGACGGAGUAAACAGCUACCGGACAGUUAGCGAGAGAACUUGUUUAGAAGAGAGAAAAAACGGCUCUUCGGUUGGGCUCGAGUCGGGACGGUUGGCCGUUUUCCGCCGCAAACUUGAGCAGAUUUUAAACGCUGCUGCUAGUUUUAACGGCACGGACCAAACAAGCGAGGUGCUCGGUGGAAAGCAAGCCAAGCCAAGCCAAGCCAAGCCAAGCAAGCCUCUCUUCGGUCGGUCGGUCGGUUGGCGGAGAGCCGGUUAUAAACGGACCGAAGGGGGAGCGCGGCGGCUCGAGACGAGAGCGAGAGAGAAGCGCUGAAGCUACAAAAGUUUGCCGUGUAUCUUCACCUAGUUUUCCAGAUUGGGAACUAGAGAGGGGGAGGAAGAGAGGCCGAGAGACUGACUUUUUCUUUCCACAAGCCAACUUUGUGGAAUUCAUCCUAUUUAGCAACUUUAGCCCGCUUGCUAAGUAACGUUAGCUUUAAAGCAAGAGAGAAUGAAAACACCUGGAGAUUCUGGUUUUGCCUUCCCGGACUGGGCUUACAAGCCCGAGUCGAGCCCCGGGUCCAGGCAGAUCCAGCUGUGGCACUUCAUCCUGGAGCUGCUCAGGAAGGAAGAGUAUCACGAUGUCAUCGCCUGGCAGGGGGACUACGGCGAAUUUGUCAUCAAGGACCCAGAUGAAGUGGCCCGGCUGUGGGGGGCCAGGAAGUGUAAACCCCAGAUGAACUACGAUAAACUGAGCAGGGCACUGAGAUAUUACUACAACAAGAGGAUUCUCCACAAGACCAAAGGCAAGAGGUUCACCUACAAGUUCAACUUCAACAAACUGGUUUUGGUCAACUACCCCUUUAUCGACAUGGGCUCCACUGGAAGCAGCGUUCCUCAGAGCGCCCCUCCUGUUCCCACCGGUGCCGGGACUCACUUCCGCUUUCCUCCGUCGACCCCCUCUGAAGUCCUCUCCCCGAACGAGGACCUGCGCAGCCCCGGCGGCAUGUUCAGCUCCGUGGCCAGGCGAAUGGCGCGCGGCUCCGUCAGCGACUGCAGCGACGGCACCUCGGUCAAUUCCGAGAUCGAGGAGGGCAACACGGGAGCGGGAGAGGAGAGGGGAGAGAGGGGUGUGAGCGGCGGAGGAGGAGGAGGACCCGGCGGUGGAGGAGGAGGAGGAGGUUACAGAAGUAUCAUCCAUCCCCGUCUGUCUCACGAAGCCCUGUUCCGCAUGUACGGACCAGGUAACCCCGCCGGGCACCCAGGCUCUCGUGGCCACACAGGGCAUCGGAUCCACCCAGAGCCCCUGUCCCCCUUCCCUGUGUCCCCACUGCCAGGACCAGGAGGAGCUGGCCUCCUAGCUCCUCCUCUGUCUCCAGCGCUCUCCAUGACCCCAACAUCUCACCUCCCUUACACUCCCUCACCCACCCUAUCACCCAUGUUAGGCUCCCACUUCUCCUUCAACCCAGAGGAUAUGAAGCGCUACCUGCAGGCCCACACCCAGUCGGUGUACAACUACGGCCUCAGCCCCAGAGCCUUCCUCCAGUACCCCAACAUCGUCAUCCCUCAGCCCCACCGGCCCGCCGCAGACAAGGCUGGCCUGUCCGGAGAGAGAGGCGAGAGAGCAGAAAGAGCGGCGACAGCAGGAGGAGGAGAGAGAGGAGGAGAGCGACACCACCAUCCACCUCUGGGUCACUCGGCCCACCACCACCCUCAUCCGCCCCACUCUGCCCACCCUCACCCUGCCCAUUCUCAUCCCAUGCAUCACCCACUGCACCUGGGUGAGGAGCCUCCACACCUGUCUCCCUUCAAGUUCAAGCUGCAGCCGCCACCGCUGGGCAGGAAGCAGAGGGACAGUCAAAGCCAGAGUAAACCCAGACAGAGCUCCAUGUCCUCGGGCUCAGGAUCCGGGUCCAUGUCGUCUACCUCUGGCCUUGGCUCCUCGCUGUCGUUCGGCAGCGACCUGAGCUCAGCCGGCGGCUCAGGCCUCAUCUCUGCCUCCUCCUCAACUCAGUCCCUAAACAGCGCAGGACUUCCCAAAAUAAAGGUGGAGCCCAUCUCUGAUAUCGAGUCAGAGGAAGAGGUGGAGGUGACCGACAUUAGUGACGAGGACCCAGAUAGAGACGAGGAGUUCCCGCUCUCGCGCUCCCCUCGCCACUCCAGAGCCCCUGACCACCACCACCACCAUCACCACCACCACCUCCGCCUCGCUAAUGGCACAGCUGCGGCCCAACAUCAACCCCAUCCUGACGAGGACCUGGACGAGGAUGUCUUCAAGGCCCCGGCUCCACCUCCACCUGCCCUGAUGCCCUUCUUCACCUCGCAGCACACACACUCCAACGCGCACCGCAUGCUGCCCGUCCUCAAGAGCGAACCCAUCGAAACGGGGGACGGCAACACACCCCCGCCUCAGACGGGCUCGGCAGGAGCUCCCCAGACGAAGUGCAUCCCCCUCAAGCUGCGCUUCAAGAGGCGCUGGAGCGAAGAUCAGCGCAUGGAGGCCUCACAGGAGGAGUCGGACGACAAGAAAGUAAGACCAGAGGAGGAGAGGGAACGAGAGAGGCAAAGUAACGGGCGGAUGGAGAUGGACGAGGACGGGACAGGCAGCGGAGAAGGGGACAGUCCUCCACCGUUGGCGUACGAGGGCUCGUUAGCCACGCCGCUGAGGGUGAGCGCCGAGCUGCAUCGUGCCACUGCACAGCUGUCUCUGGAGAACAAAGACUGCUGAUUAGAGACGCGGCUCAAACACUACUACUCCGGUAGCACUGGAGGUGGCGCAGGAGUAUGUAAAUGGUUCCUCUGUAAUCCCUCUCACACACUGACAAACUAGAUUCCUGAAACCUCCAGUGAACUGAGAGCACAGUCCAACAUACACACAUAUUAAACACCUCAGAGACAACCUGACUCUUGUUCUGUCAGACUCCCCCUCCCUCCUCACCAAUCCUCUGUCUGGAACAGGGCUCUUCUGGGACACAUCCUUUGGGAGGUGGGACUCGCUCGGACUCAGCCGUCCCAGGCACAGUGACUUUUGAACGGGGCUGAAAUCCUUCAUGAAACUUGGCAACCAAGUUCACCUCCCGCCUGGCCAGUGAAGCUCCAGAUGCCCUGCCCCCCCAGUAGCACAGCUCCCGCCUUCAAGGCCCCCCCCAUCAGUUAAACUCAGCAGCCAGUCCGCCACUUUCCUCAGGGGACACCCACUCCCUUUUACAGCCCAGCAACACACCUAGGAUGAUGUGCACACUCCCCCCCCCCGACCCCCUAUGCUAAUUUUCCUAAUACGCUGACGGGACUUUGAUAAGUGCCUGUAUCUAAAAACCCACAGCCCUGGAGUGACGUGGAAGAGAGAGAGCAAAGACAGGACCGGACUGCGAUGAGUAAUCAUUCUUAAAACUGAUGAAACCCUUGUAAAGUUUGGCAGAUCAUGACGUGGGGAAGGGGUUUGCGGCGGCGUCUCUAAGACUGAAGGCUGUUGGGUGUCGUCUGACUGACUCGUAAACCUGGCCCACUCCACUCAGGGAAGCCUAUUGCUGUAUGUUUAUUGGAAUCAUGCACACAAACAAACACACACAAGCAGAAUAUAAAAAAACAAAAAAACAGUGAAUGGGACUCACAGUGGAAGCGUUGCCUAUGAACACUGCAAUGCAAGGCUACACACACACACACACACACUCACACAGACUUUUGACUCUUGUUCUCUCAGAGCUUUUGACUUUUAUACAGCCUUCCUUCUGUCUCUUUCCUGUCCUGCCUCCUCUUUCUCUUGCGGGACCACCGGUGGAAAAAAGAUCACGACUCCGCUCACAGAAAUAAUUUUAACCCCAGGGAGAUGUGAGGAGAGAAGAAUGAAGAAGAAGUUACAACGUUGUAGAGGGGGAAGGACUGCUGAAGGGGACCACGAGGGAGGGAGGGGAAGGCAGCGAGGAUGGAGGAGGGGAAGGAAGAGGUUUGAGCGUAACUGCUCGACUGGCCUUCUCACCUCACCUAACAUGGCUUGUAUACUGAAAAAAUAGUUUCUCUCAAGUCCCAGCAGCAGCACAGAAUCCUAGUUCACCAGCUAAAGCUCGUCUAACAAUCAUAGAUAGUGUUAAACUAAACCAGCAAACACACACACACACACACACACACACACACACACACACACACACACACACACACAUGCACGACACUGCCUUUAGCUCCUAAACAUGUUCUCUCUCUCUGUCCGUCAUCCUCAGGUCCUGAGAGUGUCAGGUGCGAGUGUGAGAGGGAACAUGUUAAGACUACACACACACACACACACACACACACACACACACACACACACACACACACACACUGCCUCUCUAUGCCUUGUUUUUAUAGCAUGUAUAAAAGUGCAAACUGAGCUCUAAUAACACACAUACAGACUAUAUCUUUAUAUAUUCUAAAUGAAAUUAUUAAAGAAAGUGAGAUUUAAAAAAAAAAGAAGAAAAAAAAAUACCAUAGCAUUUUAACGACACGAUUGAUUCAGGAUUUUUUUUUUUGUAAAGUGAAUUAUUUUUGAGCGGUUACGCCGCUCGCCGGGUAACUAUGGCGUGGAGACGGUGGAGGGGUGGGUGGGGGCAGAAUUGAAGAGUUUCUUGUACAUUUGUUUCAUAGACUGAAAAAAAACACACACAGGAGCAGCCUGCGAAUGAUUCAGAUGUGUGGUUCACUUUCCUGUCUGUACAGUCUAGCUCGGCUCGGCUCGGUGGGGUUCUCCCGGGCCUGAGCUGUCCUGGCUCGAGGCCACAUCUCCAGGCCUUUUCUCUCUCUCUCUCUCUGGUGUGUGUGUGUGUGUGUGUGCGUGUGUGUGUAUGCUCAGAAUCAGUUCAUGGGUUAUUAGCGAAGUAGUAAUCCUGUCUUUUUAGCCACUGAGCUCGGCAGCAGGGCAAGUGAGAGAGAGAGGGGAGGUUAAGGGGUUAAUCAUUACUGUAAGACAGACUGGAAAAGUCAGACAUGUGACUCCCCCCCCUGUCCUGAAAGGCCCUCUCCUCUAACUAUGCACACACACACACACACACACACGCACGAAUGAUUAGUGAUUAACAUCCUGGAGCUUUUAGGCAUCCAGGCGUCUGAUUGGUUAACCGAGCCGCGUUGACCGGCGGCCUGUCCCUGCCUGACCAGCGACAAAGACAGAUCUAUAGCUGUGAGAUAGAUAGAUGCCCUCCAGGCAGUCUGUGUAGCUGGAGUUGAUUAAAUUUCCUCAUCAGACCCCCCGUGGUCUUGACUGGAGCAUGUCACAACAUGCACACACACACACACACACGCACACA